UGGGAGCACGCGGGAGCUUGAGGGGUGAGGGGUCAGGAAGCAAGAGAGAAAAGAAAACUAAGUCCUUUGUCAAGAGUUGGCUUUCAUCGUAGUUACCAUUCACGUCCCCCAACCCCCACUUCUCUCCCUUCUCCCCGAACUCAGGUUAAAGCCCCUCGCGUGGCUCUUGCUCUGGGACGUACACCUGGAUUCUGCGGGUAGCAUGUGAAGCAGGAGUCGUCCACGCGCUGUGUGUGCCGAGAGGCCGCUGGGGCAGCGGAGGUGCCUGCCCCUGAGAAGCGAGUCGGGGCGGCGUCCCGCGGGGAAGAUGAGCGGCUCCAGCGCCAGGUCCAGCCACCUGUCGCAGCCGGUCGUGAAGAGCGUGCUGGUGUACCGCAACGGGGACCCCUUCUUCGCGGGGCGCCGCGUCGUCAUCCACGAGAAGAAGGUGUCCAGCUUUGACGUCUUCCUGAAGGAGGUGACAGGCGGCGUUCAGGCGCCCUUUGGGGCGGUCAGGAACAUCUACACCCCGCGGACCGGCCACCGCAUCCGAAAGCUAGACCAGAUCCAGAGCGGGGGCAACUACGUGGCUGGGGGCCAGGAAGCCUUCAAGAAACUCAAUUACUUGGACAUAGGAGAAACCAAGAAAAGACCAAUGGAACUUGUUAAUUCAGAGGUAAAACCAGUAAUCCACAGCAGGAUCAAUGUGUCAGCUCGCUUUAAAAAAUCACUCCAGGAACCUUGCACUAUCUUUUUGAUUGCAAAUGGAGACCUCAUAAGCCCAGCUUCCCGCCUCCUCAUCCCAAGAAAAGCCCUGAAUCAGUGGGAUCAUGUACUACAAAUGAUUACGGAAAAAAUAACUCUAAGGACUGGGGCUGUCCAUAGACUUUAUACUUUAGAAGGAAAACUUGUUGAAAGUGGGGCAGAGUUGGAGAAUGGGCAGUUUUAUGUGGCUGUCGGCAGAGAUAAGUUUAAGAAAUUGCCUUACAGUGAAUUACUUUUUGACAAGUCAACAGUGAGAAGACCUUUUGGUCAGAAAGCCUCUUCACUACCUCCUAUCGUAGGAUCCAGAAAGUCUAAAGGGAGUGGAAAUGAUCGUCAAUCUAAGUCAACAAUCGGAUCCAGUGACAAUUCAUCUCCCCAGCCCCCAAAGAGAAAAGGGAAAAAAGAUGUGAAUUCAGAAAAACCCACAAAAGUGAAACAAAAUACUGUAAAGUUAAAGAAUUCACCACAAACAGUUCCAAACAGUGAUGAAGGCAUUUUCAAAGCUGGAGCAGAGCGGUCUGAAACGCGGGGGGCAGCAGACGUCCAAGAAGAUGAAGAUACUCAGGUUGAGAUUCCAGUUGAUCAGAGGCCAGCAGAAAUAGUAGAUGAGGAAGAAGAUGGAGGGAAAGAAAACAAGGAUGCAGAACAGAAAGAAGACUUUUCAGGAAUGAAUGGUGAAGUUGAAGAUGAAGGAGGUAGUGGGGCUGCAGAAGAGGACGCUGUGCAAGCUGAGGAGAUCCUGGGUGACAGGGAGGAGCAGGCAGGUCCUGCUCGUGGAAGUGGAGGCACCAAUGAAGAAAAUGGUGAGGAACUAGACCAGGUUAAUAAUGAGCCUCAACCAGAAGUGGAUGAAGAAACAACGUCUCAAGGGGCUGACAAUGAACAAGAUGAGGCUGAAUUAGACCCUCAAAGACCACCAAGACCAGAAGUAAAAGUCACUAGUCCACAAGAAAAUGAUAACAACGAACAAAACAAGGACUAUGCUGUCGUGUCAUAGAUGAUUUUUAAAAAAAGAGAAUAUAUGGCUUCUAAGAAAAAUGAAGGGUUAUAAUACUUGAAUAUUAAGCAUAGCCAUUGCUAAACAUAAUUUGACAAUAUGGUUGAACAUUACCUUCUGAAUUGUAAAAUUCAAGGCUGAAUGGAAAGACUAGAUAAUCUUUGAUAGCUACUAGUAAAAAGCUCAAUUUUGUGGGGUGUGUUUUUAAAAGUCAUUUAGAAGAAUUAAAUAAGACGGACUGUGCAGAAUUUGCAGUGGAAGAAAAUUACCCACUUGUCUUUGUAAAGGAUGAAAAAGAAUAGGAUCACUCCUAUUGUAUACUUUCUUAAAUUUAGACAUCAGAUUAUUAGAUGACAGUUUAUUUUAAAGCACUUAUCUAAGAAGGCAUAGAAUUUUAAAGAAAUGGUAAUAGGAAAGCAUGUAAUAUUUUCUUAAGCAAUAAACUCUUAACAAACAAAUUGAAAUUUAGUUUCAGACAUAAUUUGGAGGUGGCAACAGAGUGAAAUGCUUCCACUACUUGUUGACAUUCCUUGCUUUCUUGCUCCUUAGCCAAAAUCCACCUUAAGCACACUAAAGAGACAGUUGCAAGGUAUUCAUUUUGGAAGGGAGGAAGCAUUCUGUCAGAGUCUUAGUAGUUAAUAUUGUCAUGUCCUGCUGUUUAGUGCUUUCAGUUUUAAUUAUUAUGGCUUUUAAUGGCACACUCAGGAAAGAAUUAUAAAGGAACACCAGAUUACAUUACGCAACCUGGCUGGAUGGUUUGUAAAUGUUGGUAUCCUAUGGAUUCUCACUGAUCAGUCUGCCUUUACCAAUAGUAUCCUUCUCUUCUCCCUCAUGUUAUUAUAUUAGAAAACUCAAUUUUAGUUGAUCCAAAAAUUGAAUUCUGUUCAAAUUUUUUACAGGAAACAAAAGACAAUGUAAUAGAAAAAAAGUAGGUUAUAAGAAGAGUUUGUCACUGCUCAAUUUCACUUGCUUUCUGCUUUAUUUCUCUUAGGUCUGCCUUGUCAUAGUUUUGGCCCUAGGAGUAUCAGCAAAUAUUUAUUUUCAUGGCUUGUAUGUUUAAAACUUCAAGCAGACUCCUUUCUAUAUAAUUAGAAGUCAUCUGAUAGAAAUUAUUGGAAAAAGUUUAAGACUUGUCAUCACAAAACCAGUUCCUGAUUACACAUUUUGUGGGCUGAUUACAUUUAGGCACAAUUGCCUUGUUAAAUGUAUAUAGGGAAAAUAUAAUCCAAUUAAUUUUUUGAAUUAACAGAUGACCCAUUCUUCCUUAGAGAAAUAAUGUAUUUUCUCAUAUUAAAGAAUAUUUUUGUUAAUCAUGUAGAGGUUGUAGUUUUGAAAUUUAACUUCUAGUGCUUUCAUAAGAUUCAUUAUUAAUCAUAAGUUUAAAACCUUUUCCCUCACCAGGUUUUAUAACCAACCUUUGGAAUCAAAGUAGUUGGUAGUUAUGUAAGAACUUAAUAAUACUACAGAAAACAGAUAUAUUUUCCCUAGAGGCUAUUUUAGUAUUUACCACAAAUAGGAAGUAUAAGCAUAAACUAUAAUGUAACAGUAUUGGAAAGAGAUAAUGCUAUAAGGCUAUAUUAAUCUGGGAGCAUGAACUGUAAAUGGGUUACUAUAUUUCUAGUAAAUAAAUAUAGAUUGUGUUUUCUACUUGUAGGCUUACUUUUUCAUGGAACAAUAUAAAGCAUGAUAUAAAGCACUUGUGAACCACAAGCAACAAUCUUUUAUUCUAAUAAUGCUAAAGCCCCACAACAUUACUGGACUUGAGGUUAAUAUUUUUGAAGGUUUAUAAAAAUGAGGGAUUAAAUAUAAGAAAUUAUAACAAAUUAUCAAGGUGAUUCUCUUUAAGAGUUUCUCUCUCUUCUUUAAGUAACAUAUUCUCUCUUUUUUCCUCCUAUCUCUUUCUUCAUUAUAUUAAAAGUUUAGAUUUUAGGGAACUCUUUAAAAAAAGAAUCAUUUCAAUGAAGCAUAAAACUGAUAUUUUACAUCAAAAUAAGUUAGUUCAUAAUUCAAAUAUGCUUCAAUAAAGUAAUAGACCACAGGAACUACAGCCCAAAGUUGAAAAUGGGGACACAUUUUUCUCUUCUAUGUGCAUAUUUCACAACCUAUCAACAAAAUAUAAUUGUGACCUACCUUGAAGGAAUGAAUAACAACUAAUCUAAUUAAAACACUUUGCAAAUAUAUAUUGCUUUUAAAAUAUGUCAUCUGGCCACGUGAGAAAUCAUUCACAGAGAACUAAAAUUGUGGACACCAUUUUGGAGAUGACAUAAAUGUUGAAAGUUAAUGUGGAAGUUUUCUCCUUGGGGUGAUGUCCCCUGUGAUAGACUAGCUCCACAAAUUAAAUGAGAUUUAUGGACAGAUUGGGGGACCAUUUAUGUGAGUGGACCGAAGAGAUCUUGGAUAGGUUUCAUGUAUUGUUUUAUAUAGAGAAAGUGCUGUAAAAAUUCAUGGUAGCUUUUAUAUAAUAACCAAUAAAGUGCUUUAAAAUGUUAGUUCUUUGUGAUGCUGUGUACAUAGAUAUCACAGGUUUAAUUUUUUGGAACUAUUUUCUUAAACUUAAUUGGAUUUUAAGACACUUGGAAACAAUUGGUUUGUUAGUGGAAUUGGACCAUUAGGCAUUUUGCAGAACAAAUAAAGAUGAUUAUAACCAAAUUUAUUUUAAUUCUAAAGAUAUUUCACCAGGUUUUUCUUCUGUUAGUAUAGCUUCUGCUUGCCCUUGGACUUCCAGGUUAUAAAAUAGGGUACCACGGCCAAAAGAUGAUGUUUUGUUUAUUCUUGUUCUCUAUGACCAUAGGAUGACUUUUUAUUUAUUACGGUUUUUUUUGUUUUGUUUUUUUUUUAAUGCUUUUGGGGGCAAUCUUGGUAUAGUAGACAUAUGAAAAGAGAUGAUACCAUCAUGCAUCCUGUUUUAUUCCAAAAGUUUUAGUUCCUGUUGUGGGUCUGUAGAGACAAUGAUUCAAUAUAAAUAUGAGUUGGAGUCAGUCAAAUAUCUCUGUAAGCUCAAGAAUGUGAAUCUGUACUAGUAUGUAAUCAUUCAUGUGAACAUUUCCAGUUUAUAGGUCUAAAACCAACAUCCACAAAAUUUAUGUUCAAGCGACCUGCCUUAUACACAAAGGGUGAAGUUCACUUGUUAGCUGACUUUCCUAAAGAAUUAGCUCGACUCUUUUUCUUUCUCAGUGAGUAGCAAAACCAAAGUAAAAAAAAAAAACAACAACAGUAGAUUAAUUGUUAAACAGAAAGCAUUGCACCUGAACUGUUGCCAAUCUUAACAAAAAUGUAAUAUA